AUGGGUAUUACACUAUCUCAGAAAAAAAGGAAGUUUAUUAUUGCUGCAACACUAGUGGUAGUUACGUUGUUGACGUUGCUCUCGACCACGCAAACACAGAAACCAAACUCAAGUGCGGUUCUUAGUGAGGAGACACUGAGCGCUUUGGAUUUGGAUAUUAACCGUGUUAGUGGCAAGGACACCACUGGGUCUGCAAUACAAGUUCAGAUUCCAGGAGAGAAACCCAAACACUCCAAACAGGAAGAGAUUGACUCCAAUGUCGAAACUAAGAAACUUACCAAUGGUAACCAGUUAGUCAAGGGUAAGGAGGGCGAGAUUGACGAAUCCAAAGUCCGUGAAUCGGAGACGAAAAACGGAUCAAAGAAAAUCCCAUUAGUUGCAGGCGAUCCUACUGCGAAGAAGGCACAUGAUAAGUCAACUUCUGACGACGAUCUGGUUUCGUCGAUAAAGGAUAAGGAUUCACCAUUAAGUGGUGGAAUCAAGGCUGACAAAGUCUUAGGAUCUGCUGGACAGAAGGAAAUCCACGAUUCGAAAAUAGGUAACAAAAAAGUAGGUGGUGGUGCCAACAAUAAUUUGGCAAUGAAGGCGCAGGAGGACGCCGAACUGAAUGGGGUAUCACACAAUGUGGGAUCUUCAUUUAAUCCACAUUCUGAAUUCAGCAACAUUUUAUCUAAAAGCCCCGUUGUUAUAUUCUCCAAAUCAUACUGUCCAUAUUCCAAGAAAUUGAAACAAUUACUCAAGGAGGAGUACCACAUUUCUCCAGAACCAGUUAUUGUUGAGUUGGACAAACACGAAAACGGUAAAGAACUACAAGAGCAUGUCGGCAAACAAACAGGCAGAUUCACUGUUCCUAACUUUAUCAUCGAUGGAGAAAGUCAUGGUGGUGCCGACGAUAUUCUUGCCCUACAUGAGAAUGACGAACUGAUUGAUUUGUUCCAUUCUUGGGCAGGAGGUGCUGCAAAGAUCAAGAAAAUUGGAUCCACAACUGAAAAGAAUGAAAUUUAA